CUCCAACCGACAUUUUUUUCACUCCGCAUCAAUUGGAUCCCGCGCCUCAAACUACUUUAUCCUGAGCCGCUUUUCCUUGGACCUUAGACCCUUCAUGAUGUCGUUUGAUGCAGCUGCUUCACCCCUCAAUUCCUCCGAUCCUCAGGCUCGCCUCCUCAGCGCCUCAUGCCUCGACUUCCUUUUGAUAGAGCUGGUUCCUAUGGCUGAGCGCAUAGCACGAGAACUUUCAGAUGGUAAUCAACAACCAGAUGACGAAGAAGUUAAGGAAACAACCUUCUUUCGCCUUGAGUCUCUCGGUUACAGAGUCGGUCAGGGUCUUGCGGAAAGGUUUUCUCGAGAUCGUCCUCGAUUUACCGAUAAUCUCGAUGUAAUAAAAUUCUUGUGCAAGGAUCUAUGGACAAUUCUUUUCAGGAAGCAAAUUGAUAAUUUGAAGACAAACCAUCGAGGGGUUUAUGUCUUGAAUGAUAACUCUUUUCGACCAUUCGCAAGGAUGAGCAUGUCUGUUCGAAGUGAGGCCGUAUCGAUGGCGCAAGCGACCAUCCAACCUAAGCCCUGAACAAUGGAACACUGAAGUGCACGAGAAAUUAUUCGAUUUUUUAUCAGGGAGAGCAGAGCCACAGCAAUGCAUUGCCGCAGGACAAAUACUGGAAUAAUCCGACAGAGUGGCUCUACAACAUGGUUACGAGCCCGCCAACCCGCCAUAUUCUACCUUACGAAACGAGUGCACACAUGGACAGGGAUUUAUCUAUUAUUUUCUGCAUACGUAUCUCAUAAUGACCCGCGUCCACAGUCCCUAAUCGCAAUGUCACAUCGCCAUGUUUGCCUCAUUAAGAAAACUCAUUCAAAGCCUAUCUUUCGGGGAUACCAAUUGAUUAGCGAGG